UAGCACGUUCAUCGUGCACAAACGAGAGGAAGAGACGCCAUGCCUUGCGGAAGGAGGAGCAGACGAGGUGUGGCAGCCAUGGCUGGAUGGCAGCUCUGCCCACUCGUGCUCUUCCUCUUCUCAGUGAUGCCCCAGGGAGCCCUCCUCUCGAGGCAGGGACUGGCACUGCCGCCACAGUCGCCGCUGGAGCGGAAGUGGAACCUAACGUGCUACAACGUUCCAUAUCCAUUUAGCGCCAGAGGCAGCUCCCUACCCGGCCUACCGGAUUUCGAGGUAACAUGCGGCAAAAAGAAUGAAGCCAUGCUGCAGAUCGGCGACUAUAGCUACAAAAUGGAGGAUGUGUCGGUGGACGGAGGCUUUGUCAUCGUCUUGGCCGGGCCAAUACGCCAAGUGUGCUAUGACCGCAACGGUAAGCCAACACAGGCCACCGGAAUCGGUGAUAUGAGCUUGGAAGGGACACCUUUCUCCUUCUCCAAGCGCAAUAGGCUGGUGGUCACCGGAUGCAAUUACAGGCUGCUUGCUCUGUUUGGUAACUCGCCCAACACUGUCAGCAACCCCUGGCUGCCUACCGCCUGCUCCUCCUGGUGCAACGGAAGCACCAAUUCCGUAGAUGCAGAUUCUUGCCUGGAACAGACAGCCUGCUGUGAGGCCCUCAUGCCGAUGGAUGGAGCUCGGGGGUUCACCUUGAAGUUCAACAAUAUAUCUGAGCACAUCACCAACAACCAGGUUAGCACCUGUAACGCUGCCUUCUUCCUCGACCAAGAUGACCAAGUUUUCAUGGGUGGCAGAGAUGGCAAGCAGAGGGCGCUGAAAGACGCGUUGUCACCGGCUGGUAACCACAGGAUGGUCUUGGAUUGGGCAGUUGGGCGCGGCACGUGUGAUCAGGCCUCGAACUACAACUUGGCACCGAUGUACUGCAACAGUAUGAGUGGAUGCAUCGACGCACCACGUGGAGCUGGCUAUAUCUGCAAGUGCAAUGCAGGGUACGACGGGAAUCCGUACGCUUCAGGUGGAUGCGUAGAUAUCAACGAAUGCGAGAAUUUCUACAGCAAUAACUGUACCAGCAGGGCCUUGUGCAACAACACCCAAGGAGGUUAUACUUGUUCGUGUCCUCAGAACAUGACCGGUGAUGGUUACAGGACAGGGACAGGCUGCAUUGAGGCGCUCACAACAUCUGGUUCCCCUAUGCAACAACCGCAAGGUUCGAAUGUGUGUACUCAUCCUGAAAAGAACCCCUGCAAGUACUACUGCACUGACGAGCAAGAAGGUGUUUUGUGCCAUUGUCCUCAAGGCAUGAGUGGUGAUGGCCGGAAAAUAGGCACUGGCUGUAAAAAGGACUUCCCUACAAAUACUGUCUUGGGCGUAGGUCUUGCACUUGUGGUCACAGUAACUAUCACGGCCCUGUGUUACUACCGGGCCAUGAAGAGAACAAAGAUCAGAAGAAAAAGAGCCGAGUUAUUCAGGAAGAAUGGAGGUUUGCUGCUGCAGCAGAGAUUUUCAGCAAUCACGCCUCAGGGCAAGGACACAUCAGCAAAGAUAUUCAGUGCAGAAGAGCUCAAGACUGCUACUAACAAUUAUAGUGAGAGCCAAAUCCUUGGCCGAGGUGGAUAUGGCACAGUUUAUAAGGGUGUUCUUUCAGACGAGACUGUGGUUGCCGUAAAGAAGUCUAAAGUGUUUGAUGAGAGCCAGGUGGAACAAUUUGUCAAUGAGAUUACCAUUUUAUCACAGACUGAUCAUCCAAAUGUUGUCAAGCUUUUGGGGUGUUGUCUAGAGACGGAAGUUCCAUUGUUGGCGUAUGAGUUCAUACCCAAUGGAACACUCUUCCAACACAUCCACAAUAGAAGUGCACCUGGCAUCUCAACAUGGGAAGAGACCUUAAGGAUAGCUGCAGAAACAGCAGAAGCACUUGCCUAUCUGCACUCCACAUCCUCUAUACCAAUCAUUCACAGGGACAUCAAAUCAAGCAACAUACUGUUGGACGGGAACUAUGUGGCUAAAAUAUCAGACUUUGGUGCAUCAAGAUCAGUUCCAUUUGAUCAAACUCAUGUAACCACCCUUAUUCAAGGGACUAUAGGAUACCUCGAUCCUGAAUAUUUCCAAAGCGGCCUGCUCACAGAGAAGAGUGAUGUCUACAGUUUUGGAGUAGUUCUUGCAGAGCUAUUGACAAGGCAGAAGCCUAUUUCUGUAGGCAGGCCAGAGGAAUCGUGCAACUUAGCCAUGCAUAUGGUGAUUCUAUUUAACGAAGGGCACCUACUUAAGGAGAUAGAGCCACAAAUUUUGGCAGAAGCAGGUGAAGAGCAAGUUUAUGCAGUUGCGCAUCUCUGUGUGAGUUGCUUAAAUAUGAAUGGACAAGAACGACCCAAUAUGAAGGAGGUAGCAUCAGUGUUAGAUGAGCUAAGAAGGUCAUUCACCAAGGAGAAAACUAUGAGAAGAAAAGAUGAACCUGUACCAGAAAAUAAUGAACAAGCACACCUUCUACGUGGGGCAAGCACGAUUUCCAGCCUGCACUGCUCAGAAGCAAGUACACAAUUGAGCAUGGAGGCUGAAAUGAGACCUUCCUCUAACAUGCCAAGAUGACGCUUCUCAUGACAUUUCAUGU